AUGGCGAAAAUGAUACGGAAACACACGAAGUUACACGAAGAUGAGUAUCAAAAAUAUAGUUGCGAUCUAUGUUACGAAAUUUUAACAAAACUUAAUCAAUUUCUAAUUAAAGUCAAAGAUGCACAACAAAAGAUACGUGAAAUAUUUUCAUUGUCUGCAAUUAAUAAUUUAGAUAUUAAAUUAGAACACGAAUCACAGCGCCAGCAGCAAAAUAAUGACGCUACGACGUUAAACUCGGAGGAUCAAUUUGUUGAUAGUAAAGUCGAAUUGAUUGCCGUUAAAACAGAAUCAGAGGGAGAUGACUGUGAUUACUACGAUUAUGCAAAUGAAACGCAGGAAUCGAUUUCAGAACUUUCAAACACAUUGACGAAGACUACUGCAAACGUAGUAAAAGUUGAAAAUACGUCAGCGGAGAGUAUUCCCGUUGCUAGAAAGAAUCAACGUAAUUUGCUAAGAAUUCAAUUUAAAUGUUAUAAAUGUGGUGAAAUGUUUCGGACAGAUGAACUUUUACAAAAUCAUUUUAAAAAUGUACAUAACUCUAAAACGGAAUACGUUUGUCUUGAAUGCAAUGCAUUACUUGAAAAUUUAUCAAAGUUUAAAGAACAUUUAUUGUAUGUCCAUUGUUUUAAAAAUAAAUCAUCAAAAGUUUUUUCAUGUAAAAUUUGUGGAAGAUUAUUUAAACGGAAAGAACAUUGUAUGUCGCAUCAAUCAACUCAUUCAGAUGAUAAAAGCUUUUCAUGCCAAAAUUGUGGAAAAUUAUUUCGCUUAAAAGAAUACUUGUCAAGACACAAACGUAAAAAUCCAGAAUGCAGAGAUGAAUUAGAAUUCAAAUGUACUCACUGUGAUAAAAUAUUUAAAAAUCAAUAUUCCUUAGAUUGCCACAUGAAAACCCAUAUUACACCAGAUCAAUAUAAGUAUAAAUGUGAAGUAUGUGGUAGAAAAUUUCAUGCUAUCGUACAUUAUAAAUGCCAUAUACUUGUGCAUGAAAAGACUGCAAGUGUAAAAGAUUAUAUUUGUGAUCAAUGUGGGAAAAUAUUUAAAAGUCAACCUCUUUUGAACUCACAUUUAGUAUCACAUACACAGGGUUCCCCUUAUACUUGUGAAGUAUGUUCUAAACGAUAUAAAUCUACUGCCGCUUUAAAACAACAUCAAUUAACGCAUUCAGGUAAAUUUCAUGAAUGUGAAGUGUGUGGAAAGAAAUUUACUCGACGUGGGCAAUUAACAAUACAUUCGUCGAUACAUACUGGUAAAUUACCAUUCAAAUGUAGUUAUUGUAAGAAACAAUUCAGAAGAAAAAGUUAUCUUCAGAUACAUUUACGUCAACAUACAGGAGAACGUCCAUAUUCAUGUUUGGAAUGUAAUCACAGUUUUACAAAUGAUUCAAAUUUUAUAAAACAUUUAAGAGGACGACAUGGUUUACAAAAUAUUUCAAUUAUUAAUAAACAUCGUUAUCCAUUUGAUGAUAACUAA